AUGGUACCUACCAAGAAGGUCUUCGUCAUCGGCGGCACUGGCGCCCAAGGUAUCCCCGUGGUCCGAGAUCUCGCCGGCGAUCCUCAAUACAGCCUGCGCAUCCUCACUCGCGAUGCCUCCAGCUCCCGAGCCCAGGAGCUCGUUGCAUUAGCCCCUGACAGAAUCGAGCUCCACGAAGGGACCCUGGAAUCAGAACCUGGACUGCGCCGCGGAUUCAAAGACUGCUGGGGCGCCUUCAUCAACAUCGAUGGGUUCAUUCUGGGUGAGAAGGCCGAGGUGUUUUGGGCGAUGCGUGCGUAUGAGCUCGCAGUUGAGUACGGAUUGAAGAGCUUCGUGUACGCGAACCUUGAUUAUGGUUACAAGAAGAGCGGGUACAGACCUGAAUUCCGGGCCGGCCACUAUGAUGGAAAGGGAAGAGUUGGAGAGUGGAUUCUUGAUCAGCACAAACGCAACAAGAAUGGGGGCCUUCCGAGAUACGAGAUGAAUACGUCUUUGUUUACUACGGGUCCGUACCUGGACAUGGCCAUAUCUGCCGGGGGUCCCAUGGUUGCAAAAGUCGAGAAGGACGAGGAGGGAGAAGAAGUCCUGACAUGGAGGGUACCAUUGACUACCGACGGAGGGAUCCCUCACAUUGCUUUGGACGACUGUGGUUUUUAUGUGAAGUGGUUAUUCGAAAACCCGGAAGAGGCAGAUGGACUGGACCUCGAGGUCUCCGUUGAACAUGUACACUAUGCCAAUCUCGCCAAGGCAUUCGAGAGGGUCACCGGCCAUAAAGCCCGUUUCAUCGAUGUCGACUUGGUUGCAUAUUGGACAGAGGGCUCCCUUUCCCACAUUAAGGACCAGCCAUCUGGAGUUCACGCCGAUCUUGCUGACCCAGCCACCAUGACCAUCCAGCAGAAUUUCACGGGCUGGUGGAAUUUGUGGAAGGCUUCUGGAUACAACAAGGGUAUCAUCCGGAGGGAUUAUGACAAGUUGGACAAAAUCUUUCCCGGUAGGAUCAAGACCGCAGAGGAGUUCCUUCGUCGCCAGGACGAGCAGCUGCGGAAACAAGGCAGCUCUCUCUGGGAGAAGAUGCUGGACAACAAGCCGAUCUUGAAGAUCCAUGAAGAUGGCAGACGUUAA